AUGCAGAUCGAGGCUCUGCAGAAGGCCGUGCAGGAGCUGUCGGGCCAGUACGAGAAAGACUGCAUGGACGCGCACCUCCGCAUAGCCCAGCUGGAGGCGGAGAACAUCAGCAUCAUGAGCCGGCAGUCGGAGACGGACGGCGAGUGCGAGGCCCUGAUGGGCGAGCUGGCCGCCGUGAGGGCCGACCUCGACGCCGCCAGGGCGUCGGUCGCCUUCGUGCUGCGGGAGGUGGAGGCCAUGGAGACGAGGGCCAUCCUGGAGAGGGAGGGCACCAAGGGCGCCCUGGCGCGGAUACUGCAGCUCAACGAGGCGGUCCUGUCGUCCGCCAUCGCGGCGAUCAGGGCGGAGGAGGAGAGGUCCGUCUUCUUUCAGGAGUCCACGCUCCAGUUGCUUGACUCUGACAGGAAUCUGGAGGUGAUCAGGAGGCAGAUUGAGAUGAUGGAGCGCAUGGAGAUGGAGCUGCUGGUGAAGACGGUGGAAGUCGAGUACCUGCGGGCGGAGCUGAAGCAGGCCAAGGAGAUUUACGUGUCGCCGCCACGAGAUUCUGAUGCAACGACGGUGCUCAGUGCUGCCGGUUGCAGCAACUUGGAUGGUCAUGAUCAGGUUCAGGGACGUGAACAAACAGCAGUGGAAGAUACUGAAGCGGAGCUGGAAUUCACGUUUCAGCACUCACCAGGAUUAUCCUUUGUCUCUGAUGAGAUCGUCAGAAAGGAUUCUCAUGCCGUUCCAUCUGGUGGCAGCCAGAUGGAAUUUGGUAUAUCCGAGGAUUUAGCUGAGAAUCAGAAUAAACAAGGAGCAGCAGUGAUGGUUGGGGACACGACAGUGGCUGAAGGGAACUCCGAUGCUCAAGAAGCAAGAUGCCUUGUUGCUAAAAUCUCUGGAGAAGAUAACUAUGCCAAUCAACCACGUGUCAAAUUUAAAUGUACCUGA